UCUGCAACGGGCUCAUCAACUCCUACGAGGACAAAAGCAACGACUUCGUCUGCCCUAUCUGCUUUGAUAUGAUCGAGGAAGCAUACAUGACGAAAUGUGGCCACAGCUUUUGCUACAAAUGUAUUCAUCAGAGUUUGGAGGAUAAUAAUAGAUGUCCCAAGUGUAACUAUGUUGUGGAUAAUAUUGACCAUCUGUAUCCUAAUUUCUUAGUGAAUGAGCUCAUUCUCAAACAGAAGCAAAGGUUUGAGGAAAAGAGGUUCAAAUUGGACCACUCAGUGAGUAGCACCAAUGGCCACAGGUGGCAAAUCUUUCAGGAUUUACUGGGAACUGACCAAGAUAACCUUGAUUUGGCCAAUGUCAACCUCAUGUUGGAAUUACUAGUGCAGAAGAAGAAACAACUGGAAGCAGAAUCACAUGCAGCCCAACUACAGAUCCUUAUGGAAUUCCUCAAGGUUGCAAGAAGAAAUAAGAGAGAGCAACUGGAACAGAUCCAGAAGGAGCUAAGUGUUUUGGAAGAAGAUAUUAAAAGAGUGGAAGAAAUGAGUGGCUUAUACUCUCCUGUCAGCGAGGAUAGCACAGUGCCUCAAUUUGAAGCUCCUUCUCCAUCACACAGUAGUAUUAUUGAUUCCACAGAAUACAGCCAACCUCCAGGUUUCAGUGGCAGUUCUCAGACAAAGAAACAGCCUUGGUAUAAUAGCACAUUAGCUUCAAGACGAAAACGACUCACUGCUCAUUUUGAAGACUUAGAACAAUGUUACUUUUCUACAAGGAUGUCUCGUAUCUCAGAUGACAGUCGAACAGCAAGCCAGUUGGAUGAAUUUCAGGAAUGCUUGUCCAAGUUUACUCGAUAUAAUUCAGUGCGACCUUUGGCUACCCUGUCAUAUGCUAGUGAUCUCUAUAAUGGUUCCAGCAUAGUCUCUAGUAUUGAAUUUGACCGGGAUUGUGACUAUUUUGCAAUUGCUGGGGUUACAAAGAAGAUUAAAGUCUAUGAAUAUGGCACAGUCAUUCAGGAUGCAGUGGAUAUUCACUACCCUGAAAAUGAAAUGACCUGCAAUUCCAAAAUCAGCUGUAUCAGUUGGAGUAGUUACCAUAAGAACCUGUUAGCAAGCAGCGAUUAUGAAGGCACCGUCAUCCUAUGGGAUGGAUUCACAGGACAGAGGUCAAAGGUCUAUCAGGAGCAUGAGAAGAGGUGUUGGAGUGUUGACUUUAAUUUGAUGGAUCCAAAACUCUUGGCUUCCGGUUCUGAUGAUGCAAAAGUGAAGCUGUGGUCUACCAACCUAGACAACUCAGUGGCAAGCAUUGAGGCAAAGGCUAAUGUGUGCUGUGUUAAAUUCAGCCCCUCUUCUAGAUACCAUUUGGCUUUCGGCUGUGCUGAUCACUGUGUCCACUACUAUGAUCUUCGUAACACUAAACAGCCAAUUAUGGUAUUCAAAGGGCACCGAAAAGCAGUUUCUUAUGCAAAGUUUGUGAGUGGUGAGGAAAUUGUGUCUGCCUCAACGGACAGCCAGUUAAAGCUGUGGAAUGUAGGGAAACCAUACUGUCUACGCUCCUUCAAGGGUCAUAUCAAUGAAAAAAACUUUGUAGGCCUCGCUUCCAAUGGAGAUUACAUAGCUUGUGGAAGCGAGAACAACUCUCUUUACCUAUAUUAUAAAGGACUUUCUAAGACUUUGCUAACUUUUAAGUUUGAUACAGUUAAAAGUGUUCUUGACAAAGACCGAAAAGAAGAUGAUACAAACGAAUUUGUCAGUGCUGUGUGCUGGAGGGCGCUGCCCGAUGGGGAGUCCAAUGUGCUGAUUGCUGCUAACAGUCAGGGCACAAUUAAGGUGCUGGAGUUGGUAUGAAGGGUUUACUCAAGUUCAGUUGUACUUGGUCCUGCUGAAGUACAUCUGCAGCUGACAAUGAGAGAAGACAGAGACUGUCACUUUAGUCUGUCCCCAGCGUCGUUGUGGGUUUUGGAUCUGUUCUGAGUAUGUUUUCUCCUACUUUCUCCUGCCUUGUGCCUGUUGGGACGUGGGGAUACCCAGUGAACUCUCCACCAUCGGUGUAGCUCUGUGGACUUGCUGCUCUUGGUGGUGUGGGCAUCUGAUUUUUGUGAUAGGGAAACAAAUUCUUUUGAAUAAAAAUAAAUAACAAAAAUAAUAAAAGUUUAUUGAGCCACA